GCUGACGUCUCAGCAGGCAGUCAAGUUGACAGCUUGGUCGCAGAGCCAGAGCCUAAAGCCAGAACAACGCGAAUCAAACACGAAACGAAAUAAUGCUCAGUUAAUUUAAAUUUAAGUCGAGAGCAGCACUUUUAUUUAACUUUUUUUUUCGUGAAAAUUGUGUGCUGCUUUGUGUGCAACGACAUUAGAUUAUUUUAAGUACACGCGACUACAAUUCGAAGGCGACGUUUUUCACCAGUUUCAUUCAACAAGCAAAUUGAUUCCGCCCGCAGACCCGACCCGACCAGCCAGCUAGCCAGCCAAACAAUCUUCGGCCCUAUUGGAGAACUAAUUACAACAGCAAAACAAUUGAAAGACUGCGGCAUUGCAUUAAAGAAAAAAAAAUAAUAAUAAUAAGUAAAGAACAAGAAAAACAACAACAAAUUGCACAAGAAACGCUCAAAUCGGUUGACAGGGAGGGGGUUGGUUGUCACUGGCCAAUACUCGAACCCAUUUAACCAGCACUAAACAAAGCAAAUGCAGCAGCAACGCUUACACUAUAACAACAACAAUAGCAACAACACUAAAACAAAAUCUAAAGCCAAAAACCAACAAGAGCAGUAAUAACAAAUAGUUCUUAGCUGCCAUCGCUUGUUGUCUCACACGCUCUUAUUCGUUCGCACCGCUGCGAUUUGGCGGGGGUGUAGAGUGUAGCGCGUGCUCAAACAAAAACAAAACAGAAAGAAAAAAGCAGGCAAGCACACACACAUGCAAACACGCUCGCACUUGUAAAGACGCAAGGAGAAAAAAAAAAUCACAACAUAGUAGUUCCGCCUUUGAUAUAAGACAAAACUACAAGCGUUUUUACAUAGAGCACAUUUAGGCGUGUGAAUGUAAGCAGCAGGAAAACAACAAGGCAAUAACAACAUUAAGCAGUCAAUCAAUUAAUCAAACAACCAAGGACGUAUGUGCUGGACACACAUACGCCAACCAAAUGGAUGUCCUGGAAUUGCUUCGUGCGAGCGUUAACGGCUGUUACAACACAUUAUUCUCAGAUGCUUGGUCGCAAUAUGUCUCCAAACAAAUCGCCACAACGACGUACUGGUAUGGCGCGUUGCUGGCUAUCGGAGCGCUGUUUAUCGCCUGGUUUCUGUAUUUCAAGCGCUUGGCAUCGUUGCGCCUGCGCGAUGAAAGCGCCCGUACACUGAGCGCUCUCACCGCCGCCUCGGGCGGCGAUCAUCGCGGCUUGCGAUUUCGCAAACGCGACAAAAUGCUCUUCUAUGGCCGCCGCAUGUUGCGCAAAAUGAAGAACGUCAGCGGCCAGAUGUACAGCAGCGGCAAGGGCUACAAACGGCGUGCGGUGAUGCGCUUCGCUCGCCGCAUCCUGCAGCUGCAGCGCGAGAAUCGUCCGCUCGAGAUGAAGACAGUGGAGCCGCCGGCGGAAUAUCUGGAGGAGACUAUCGAUGGCAGCGAUCGUGUGCCACCAGAUGCUCUCUAUAUGCUCCAAAGUAUUCGCAUCUUUGGGCAUUUCGAGAAGCCGAUCUUCUUGAAGCUCUGCAAGCACACCCAGCUGCUGCAGCUUAUGGCCGGUGACUAUCUGUUCAAGAUAACCGAUCCGGAUGACAGCGUCUACAUCGUCCAGUCGGGAAUGAUCAAUGUCUACAUCUGCAAUGCCGAUGGCAGCACACUCUCGCUGAAGACGGUGCGCAAGGGUGAAUCCGUGACAUCGUUGCUCAGCUUCAUCGAUGUACUGUCUGGCAAUUCCAGCUACUACAAGACAGUUACGGCUAAGGCCAUGGAGAAGUCGGUUGUCAUUCGGCUGCCCAUGCAGGCAUUCGAGGAGGUGUUUAACGAAAAUCCGGAUGUGAUGAUACGUGUGAUACAGGUGAUAAUGAUACGGCUGCAGCGUGUGCUCUUCACAGCAUUGCGCAAUUACUUAGGCCUCAAUGCGGAGCUCGUGCAGAACCAUAUGCGUAUCAAGGGCAGCAAUCCAGUGCCCGUUACGGUGCCUGGGCCGGUGCUCUCUCAGGCCUCACAGGCAUCGCGUGCAAUGGCCUCACGGCCAGCUACAUCGCCGGUCACACGUAUGUCGCGCGAGGAGCACACACUCUCCGACCCGGAUCCCAAUCCGAAUGCCAGUGCCAUGCUCUUCGCCGAGGUGCACGGCGAUGCGCCCUACAUUGAUCUGUACCAUCACCAACAGCAACAGUCGAGCGGUGUCUCGGUUGGUGGAACUCAUCGCAGCUCGGGUGCCUGUACACCCACUGGCAGCGGCGGGGAAUCACCCGAUGGCACGGGCAAUGCCACCAUCACCAACAUCGAUCAGCGUCUGGUGCAAUCAUCGGCCGUCGACAGUUUGCGCCGUGAGCUCGGCCUGAGUGAAGAGGAUACGAGCAUUAUUGAGCCAUUUGUUGAGGUCCGCGAAUUGGAGCCGAACGUGACGCUAAUCACCGAGGGCAAUGCCGAAGAUGUGUGCAUUUGGUUUGUGAUGACCGGCACCCUGGCCGUCUACCAGAGCAACGCGGAUGCUACGCGCGCCGCCAAGCAGGACAGCAAAAACGACAUGCUCAUCCAUUUCGUGCAUCCCGGCGAAAUUGUUGGCGGCCUGGCCAUGCUCACCGGUGAGGCGAGUGCCUAUACCAUCAGGGCUCGCAGCAAUAGCCGUAUUGCCUAUAUACGCCGUGCUGCUAUCUAUCAAAUAAUGCGCCAGCGUCCACGCAUUGUCCUCGAUUUGGGCAAUGGAGUUGUGCGCCGUUUGUCGCCGUUGGUGCGUCAGUGUGAUUACGCUCUGGAUUGGAUAUUUCUGGAGUCGGGUCGUGCCGUCUAUCGGCAGGACGAGAGCAGCGAUAGCACAUAUAUUGUGCUAAGCGGACGCAUGCGUUCGGUCAUCACGCAUCCGGGCGGCAAGAAGGAGAUCGUCGGCGAAUACGGCAAGGGUGAUCUGGUGGGCAUUGUCGAGAUGAUAACCGAAACGUCGCGCACCACCACAGUGCUGGCUGUGCGCGACUCGGAGCUGGCCAAAUUGCCCGAGGGCUUGUUCAAUGCCAUCAAAUUGCGAUAUCCGAUUGUGGUAACACGGCUAAUUAGUUUCCUUAGCCAUCGCUUCUUGGGCUCGAUGCAGACACGCGGCGCCAAUGCAUCCAGUGCGCCCGUUGAGGCCAAUCCCGUAACGCACAAAUAUUCAACAGUGGCCCUCGUUCCCAUCACCGACGAUGUGCCGAUCACACCCUUCACCUAUGAGCUAUAUCAUUCACUCUGUGCCAUUGGUCCUGUGCUCCGUCUCACAUCGGAGGUGGUGCGCAAGCAGCUGGGCAACAAUAUAUUUGAGGCGGCCAACGAAUACCGUCUGACCUCGUGGCUUGCACAGCAGGAGGAUCGCAACAUAAUCACGCUCUAUCAAUGCGACAGUGCGCUGAGUCCCUGGACACAGCGGUGCAUGCGUCAGGCAGAUGUGGUGCUAAUUGUCGGCCUGGGCGAACGCUCCCAUAUGGUUGGCAAAUUCGAGCGGGAGAUCGAUAAGCUAGCGAUGCGCACACAAAAAGAGCUCGUCCUGCUCUAUCCGGAGACAACGAACGCCCGGCCAGCGAACACGCUCAGCUGGCUCAAUGCACGUCCCUGGGUGACCAAGCAUCAUCAUGUGCUCUGUGUGAAACGCAUCUUCACACGCAAGAGCCAGUAUCGCAUUAAUGAUCUGUAUAGCCGCGUGCUGCUCUCCGAGCCGAAUAUGCAUUCCGAUUUCUCUCGUCUGGCUCGGUGGUUGACUGGCAAUUCGAUUGGCUUGGUCCUGGGUGGGGGCGGUGCUCGUGGUGCUGCCCACAUUGGCAUGCUGAAAGCCAUACAGGAGGCGGGUAUACCCAUUGAUAUGGUUGGGGGCGUCAGCAUUGGCGCGCUGAUGGGCGCCCUCUGGUGUUCGGAGCGCAAUAUAACUACCGUUACACAGAAGGCGCGCGAAUGGUCAAAGAAAAUGACAAAAUGGUUCCUUCAACUGCUAGACCUCACAUACCCUAUAACAUCGAUGUUCUCGGGCCGUGAAUUCAACAAGACCAUACACGAUACCUUUGGCGAUGUGAGCAUUGAGGAUCUGUGGAUACCCUACUUUACGCUCACCACUGACAUAACUGCCAGUUGCCAUCGCAUUCACACCAACGGUCAUCUGUGGCGCUAUUGCCGUGCCAGUAUGUCCAUUGCCGGCGUCUUUCCGCCUUUCUGUGAUUAUCGUGACGGGCACCUGCUGCUCGACGGAUGCUAUACGAACAAUGUGCCAGCCGAUGUUAUGCACAAUCUGGGCGCCGCGCACAUCAUUGCCAUCGAUGUGGGCUCACAGGACGACACGGAUUUAACCAACUAUGGUGACGAUCUGAGUGGCUGGUGGCUGCUCUAUAAGAAGUGGAAUCCAUUUACAUCGCCGGUCAAAGUGCCCGAUCUGCCGGAUAUACAAUCACGCUUAGCUUACGUGUCCUGCGUGCGGCAGCUAGAGGAAGUGAAAAACUCGGACUAUUGCGAGUAUAUACGUCCGCCCAUUGAUAAAUAUAAGACACUCGCCUUUGGCAGCUUCGAUGAGAUACGCGACGUGGGCUACGUCUUUGGCAAAAAUUAUUUUGAUAAUAUGGCUAAAGCGGGCCGCUUGGGCCGCUUCAAUCAAUGGUUCAACAAGGAGCCGCCAAAGCGUGGCAACCACGCCUCGCUCAACGAAUACACAUUCAUUGAUCUGGCGCAGAUCGUCUGCAAGCUGCCAGAGACGUAUGCCUUAAAUGCGGUUGAUAUAUUUAGCGAGGAUGAGGAUUUCGAUGGCUAUAUCUCGGAGCCAACGACUCUCAAUAUGGAUCGUCAUCGCAUUCAGGUGCCACGUGCUGGCAACUCGUUAUCCUUCUCAGAGACUGAACUGGACUCGGAUGUGGAGAUCGAUCUGGAGCUGGAGCGCAAGGUGGAUAAGUCGACGCAAUCGACACCGCCGACGCCAAACAAGAAGCAUCCAUCGACACCGACAUCCAGUCAAGGGAAUCUAAUGCAUUUGCCAUUGAGUAUGAAGGCAAAGGAUAAAAUGCAAAUUCUCGAUAAAUUGGAAAGGGAGCACAAGCGUCGCCAGAAGUCGAAGCACAAGCGUGACAGGUCGAUGCAGCGCGACAGCAAAGCCACAUUGCAUCCGGCUCCGAUGGCCGAGGCGACAACUCAAACGCCUUCUAGCGAUGUGGACAUAGACGCGAAACUGGAUCAGCUGCGAAAAUUGCAGCAGGAGCUGGAGCAGGGGAAUGAGUCAGAACAGGAACAGGAACAGGAGCAGGAGCAGGAGCAGGGCCAUAUUCAGGAGCCGGAGAAUGUUACAGAAGCCGAUACCAAAAACUAGCUAUAAUUAUGAAAGACCGCCAAAAACUAUUGGCUAAAUCCCACACACACAUACGCAGAUACACACACUAUCAUACACACACACAUAAGUGAAUAUAUAUAUAUAUAUAUAUGUAGAUAUGUGUAUAUAUAUAUAUAUAUAUAUAUAUAUAUAUAUGUAUAUAUAUAUAUAUAUAUUUGAUAGCAGAAGUCGGAGUCGGAAUAGGAGUCGAAGUUGGUUAAGAAAACCUCCAUUAAUUAUGUAGUUAAUCCAUGACAACAAAAGAAGUUUGUUAAUGUUCAGUUGAAUAAGUGUAUAUCAUAUUUAGGCAUAGCUUUAGCUAAUCUCUCCCACACACACACACACACACACACACAAAAGACACACACGCCUUGUAUAUUACUGAUAUAUAUAUAUAUAUAUAUAUAUAUAUAUAUAUAUAUAUAUAUGUAUCUUGAUUUAUAUACAUAUGUGUAUAUUUGAUGGCUCCUAUGACAGAGCCAUCUAUAAAAUAUAUAUCACUACAUAUAUAUAUUUUUACUUACACAAACACACCUGAUGAUAUAUACACUAGAUAUACAUUCAUUCUGUAUAUAUAUUUAUAUAUGCAUAUAUAUAUAACUAUAUGUAUACAAAGGACUAUAUAUAUAAGUAUAUAUAUACAUAUAUACAUCUAUUUAGAUGCCAGCUACAUGGACUUUCGUAUGUACAGCUGGCAUCUCUGCAGCCCUCCAUUCCGCUACACUAUCUGCACACAUGUUUAACUCACACUCACACAAAUUUGCACUCACACACACACACACAUACGAAAACACAGCUCCCUAGCAACUAGUUAAAAUAAAUGAAAAGAAAUGAAAAGAAAAUCGUGUUUGUUAAAGUUCGAUUUUAUUUUAUUCAAUUUUUUUUUUAAAGCUGAGCAAGCAAAUAAAUAUAAGGAAUUUGAAAGUACAAUUCUGAAA